AUGAACGGCAGGACCAAAUCGGAAAGAAAGGGCAAAACUCCACGGAGGCCACCCUGAAGAAAACAUCCCACUCCACAAAAAGACCCAGUUGGUGUGUACUGCCGUAUCCGCCCUUUAGGAGCUACAGAUGAGGAGUGUUGUAUUGAAAUGAUCAGCAGCACCACCAUUCAGCUGCAUGCUCCUGAUGGCAUCAAAGCCAACCGCAAUGGGGAAUACAAAGAGACUCAGUACUCCUUCAAAAAAGUGUUUGGGAUCCAAACCUCCCAAAUAGAGUUGUUUGAGGAUGUUGCCAAACCACUUGUGGAUGACCUCAUUCACUGCAAGAAUGGAUURCUUUUCACUUAUGGCGUCACAGGCAGUGGAAAGACGUUUACCAUGACGGGCUCUCCAGGAGAAGGAGGUCUCCUCCCCCGCUCUCUGGACAUGCUGUUCAACAGCAUCGGUCCAUUACAGGCCAAGAGAUUUGUGUUUAGGACAGACGACAAGAAUGGCAUGGAGAUCCAAGGUCAGGUGGACGCUCUCCUGGAGAGACAGAAGAGAGAAUCAAAUCAACAGUCCACAGUGCCCAAAACACCGUCCUCAAAGCAAAAACCUGACCCAGAGUUCGCAGACAUGAUCGGUCCAGAGGAGGCUUGCAAAUGUGAGGGAGUUGACGAGGACAGCUGUUACAGUGUGUUUGUGUCCUACAUAGAAAUAUACAAUAACUACAUCUACGAUCUGCUGGAAGAAGCUCCAAUAGACCCCAUACGACACAAACCGCCUCAAUCAAAGAUUUUACGUGAGGACCAGAACCACAACAUGUACGUGUCAGGAUGCACAGAGGUCGAGGUGAAGUCCACAGAGGAAGCCUUCGAAGUGUUUUGGCGGGGUCAAAAGAAAAGGAGGAUUGCCGAUACUCAGCUGAACCGCGAGUCCAGUCGCUCUCACAGUGUGUCAUUUGUCAAACUGGCACAAGCUCCGCUGGACGCAGAUGGAGACCACAUUCUACAGGACAAGAACCAGGUGACUGUUAGCCAGCUGUGUCUGGUGGACCUGGCAGGGAGUGAACGCACCAGCAGGACUAAAGGAGGCAGCCGCCUCCGGGAAGCAGGUGAGCUGACAACGCAACUCAACCAGUCCCUGAUGACGUUACGCACCUGUAUAGAAGUCCUCAGAGAGAACCAGAUGUGUGGAACAAACCGGAUGGUUCCUUACAGAGACUCUAAAGUCACACAUCUGUUCAAGAACUUUGACGGUGAAGGGAAAGUCCGCAUGGUUGUGUGUGUCAACCCUAAAGCCGACGACUAUGAAGAAACCAUGUUGGUCAUGCGCUUUGCGGAGUUGACCCAGGAGGUUGAGGUGGCGCGUCCGGUGGACAGGCCCAUCUGCAGCCUGGCAGCGGGGCGGAGACACCGGAACCAGGCCUUCAGAGACGAGUUGUCACGACGCCAGGAGGAGCACCCCGGGGGACCCAGCAACACCGAGGAUGGCUCGGUGCUGAACCAGCUCCUGGACAGCCUGCCGGCCCUGCCUGCCUGUGAGUUGGUGGAUCCCACCGAUGAGCAGAUCCUGCCRCGCCUCAUAGAGGUGCUGGAGAGGAGGCACCGCAUCCGCCAGAUGAUCACUGAGCAGUACACCAGAACUGCCAACACGCUGAAAUCGAUGCUCCAGGAGUUUGAUGGCCACCUGAUGGCCAAGGAGAACUUCAUCCAUGAACAGCGGGGUAAACUAGGGGAGAAGGACAAGAUCAUGUUCAACCAGAAGAAUGAGAUGGAUCGGCUGGAGAAGAAAUCCAAAAUGCUGGAAUACAAGAUUGACACUCAGAAGACCACCAAUAUCUAUGAGGGGACAAAGCGGUCGCUGCAGCAGGAGCUGGAGAGCCGUGAGCAGAGGCUGCAGCGGGAGCUGUCGGAGAAGCGCAUGGAGGCACGCAUGCAGGGCAUGGUGUCUGACACCAAACACCAGUGGGAGAAGGAGUGUGAGCGUCGUGUGAACGCCAAGCAGCUGGAGAUGCAGAACAAGCUGUGGGUGAAGGAUGAGAAGCUGAAGCAGCUGAAGGCCAUCGUAUCAGAGAGUAACAGCAGCGCCAUCUCAGAGCAGCAGCGUCCCCCACCACCCCCAGACAAGCCCCAGAGGAACUCCCGGGAGAAGGACCAGCCUCGCGCCCCUGAGAAGAGAUCUCGCUCGCCACUGCCCACUCCCUCCUGCUACCACCACCAGGUCAGCACAGCUCAGUGCCACCUCCUCCCACCCUCCUCCUCCGCUGGUAGUCUCUCAGUAGCCUCCGUCAUCUCUGAGUGGGAGCAGAGGUUCCCCAUAGGUAGGGACCCCCCCGGGACACCCGGAGCGUACGGAAGAACGACCCCAUACGGAAGCAGCAGUAUGGGCCGCAGGAGAGGCCAGCGAUGGGCCCCUGAGACAGAGGCCCCGGGCCCCAGCCACACGUACGGGCUAGACCUAGAGUCAAGCUCAAGGGUUAGUGUGUGUUAGAAUUUCACUCUGAGGGACUGGUUUCCCAGACAAAGAUUAAGCAUAUUCCUGCUUUUGGCUUCAUCUGUGUCUUGGAAAUCAGGAGGUAAACUUUAAGUAGCUGGAUCUGCCAUGCUUGUAGACCCGGAUAGAACUGCACCCUAGACCCGGAUAGAACUGUAGCUGCUUGGUUUGUAUUCUUACCUACUGUACAUGUGCUAGCUAUUAGGACCAGGCUGAUGCCAGUAUCGAUACUCGUUAGUGUCAUGGCAAGAAAACAAAACACAAUAUUUAACAUAUAGCAGGUUUUUAAAGGCCGAAGAGUUUGGUCUGUUUCGUGUGCCAUGCAAACAUACAAUUGCGACGCUGGUAUCAUCACAGUAGUUAGAUCUGCUAUGCUUGUAGUCCUGUAGGCUUUAAUCUGUGUGUUUGUAUGUGUGUAGAUGUACCAUAGCUAGAUCUGCUAUGCUUGUAGUCCUGUAGGCUUUAAUCUGUGUGUUUGUAUGUGUGUAGA